AUGUCAGAAUUUCGCCAUUAUUCAGCAUUAGCUGCUCUGAGUAUAGGAGUCAUGUUUUAUCCAGUUUGUAUGAGAAUUGAGUAUUGUAGUAUACGGACUGAAAGUAUGUUACAGCGGGAUCGCGGUAUACGACAUGAGUUUUGGCAUGGAAAGGCAUCCCAAUGGUUGUGGCCUUACGGCCAUGGCAACGACCAGGAGGCAAUCAAGAAGGUGUUGAAAGUCAGCUGGGAUUGGAUUCUUUUCCAACUUGAUUAUUCCAUUAAAUCGUCCUUUUCUUGCACAAUUGAUCAUCGAUUGUGUCCAUCGAUCGUUAUUGGUAAUAAGACGAUAACGCCGCCAUUUUUUACCCAUUUAACUUGCAAGUCAUGCAAACAUGCCUUAAGCGAUGAACCAUCGUAUUCAACAAGCUUGUUGAUUGUCAUGAUGGCAUUUCUACAACACUAUUUUUGGAUACCGUUGAAAGUGGAUGACUGUCUGUGUGUGGAUAGCAUGGAAGAAAGAACGCCAGAGGACGACAACAUGUUUAGUCAAGAUAGUUUGUUGAUCAACAUCGACAACAGUUGGAUCAUCAUCGUCGACCGAUCUUGUAGGUUGUGUAAAAAAUGGAGUACAACCUGGGCGAUGGGAGAACCCUUUCAAUGUGUAUUUUGCGGGCUCUUAUUCAAACUUGUUCCUUGCCAUCGUUUCCACGCAUUUUAUCAACGAUCUAUCAAGCCUAAUGGCAAUGGAGGAUUAGACUAA